AUGAGAUUUACAAUUUUGACAAGUGUUUCUAUUGUUGCACUUUUUGCGAUAAAAGUUGCGGCUGGCUCCGCUUCCGGUAGCUAUAAGACAAAUGGUCUCACAUUAGAAGCUCCAUUGAGUGAAAAGUUUAAAGUUAUAUAUGCAAGGGCUGACGAAGAGCACGACCAUGAGCAUGAAGAUGAGCAUGAAGAUGAGCAUGAACACAGCACUUCAAACACUACGAUUACCGGCUGCCAUAUGCACGAUGACACACAAUACUGUAUUGAUUGGGAAGGCAAUGAGGGCUACAUUAAACCCAACCAAAAGAACCCUCAGUCAAACUACACUGGAUGCCACUUACAUGGUACUGAAGUACACUGUAAAAAUGAUGAGGAAGAGUUACAAUUUGUCAAACUUGAUGAGUCGUCGGAAGUAACCGCCACCACAUCAGAGUCCAGUUCUACAUCAGGAAUUUCGUGUCAUUUCCAUGCUGGAGUUGAACAUUGUGUCGAUGCUAAUGGAAAUAGUGUGCAUGGGGCCGAUGGAGAUACUUGUGAAAGAGUCGAUAGAGAUUAUGACAUUCCACUAAGGACUGGACUCUUGUUUGUUAUAUUAGUUACAAGUUCAAUUGGAUCUUUUGGUCCAUUGGUUUUGCGUUCGUUUUUCAAAAUAUCGACAGAAAACAUGAUCAUUACCAUAAUAAAACAAUUUGGUACCGGCGUCAUUAUUUCCACUGCAUUGGUCCAUUUAAUGACUCACGCAUUUUUAAUGUGGUCCAAUGAGUGUAUUCAUUUGGCAUACGAAGGAACCGGGGCUUCAAUAACAAUGGCGGGUAUUUUUAUUGCGUUUGCUGUGGAAUAUGUUGCUUACCGGUUUUUGUCACACAGAUUGAGUAAACUUUCAAACAUAAAGGAAAACUCAUCUGAAGAUGAUGCAGCGACAAAUAUCGCCACUAAAACUGUAUCUGAUGAGGAGGACACUGUAUCGCUCCAUGGAUCAUACAAAGCAAUGCACGACAAGCUUUCUGUUGCCAUUUUAGAAGCAGGUAUCGUUUUCCAUUCAAUUUUGAUUGGUAUCACCCUAGUAGUUGCAGCCGAUUCCUACUUUAUCACUCUAUUCAUUGUCAUUGUAUUCCAUCAAUUUUUUGAAGGAUUGGCAUUAGGCUCACGGAUUAUGGGAUUGAAUGAUUCCGUAUGGUCGAAAAUCCUCAUGGCAGCUGUUUUUGCCAUCAUAACCCCAUUGGGAAUGGCCAUUGGUAUAGGCACUCUACACAAAUUUAAUGGUAAUGAUCCAUCCACCAUUAUUGCAUUAGGAACGUUGGAUUCCUUCUCGGCAGGCGUAUUAUUGUGGACUGGUUUGAUUGAAAUGUGGGCUCACGAUUGGCUAUUUGGAAACUUGCGCCAUGCUGGAGUGAUCCAUACUUCGUUGGCCAUGAGUGCCUUGAUGGGGGGUUUGAUACUCAUGAGCUUAUUAGGCAAAUGGGCAUGA